GCUGGCACUCUAUAUAAAAGACGCGCGGCGGGGCUGCUGGAGCUUCACUCGGACUCGGGCGGUGUAGUACGCGGAGCCCCGCGGAGGUUCUUGCUGUAGCUGCGAAGCCCGCGCGACUGCGGUAGGGUCAGCCAUGCCCUUCUCAAACAGCCACAACCUCCUGAAGAUGAAGUACAAGCCUGAGGAGGAGUACCCUGACCUGAAAGCUCACAACAAUCACAUGGCUAAGGUGCUGACCCCGGACCUGUACCUGAAAUUGAGGGAUAAACAGACUCCCAGUGGAUUUACCCUGGAUGAUUGUAUCCAGACUGGGGUUGACAACCCAGGCCAUCCCUUCAUAAUGACAGUAGGAUGUGUGGCUGGUGAUGAAGAAUCCUAUGAAGUGUUCAAGGAGCUCUUUGAUCCAGUUAUUGAAGACAGGCAUGGUGGCUACAAACCAAGUGAUCAGCACAAGACUGACCUGAAUGCUGAUAACCUGCAGGGAGGGGAUGACCUGGAUCCCAAUUACGUGCUGAGUUCCCGUGUCAGAACUGGCAGGAGCAUCCGUGGCUUCUGCCUUCCCCCGCACUGCAGUCGAGGAGAGCGGCGCGCCAUCGAGAAGCUCUCUGUUGAAGCUCUGGGUAGUCUGGACGGUGAUCUCAAGGGGAAGUACUAUGCUCUGAGGAACAUGACUGAUGCAGAGCAGCAGCAGCUGAUUGAUGACCACUUCUUGUUUGACAAGCCAGUUUCUCCUCUUCUCUUGGCAUCUGGGAUGGCACGAGACUGGCCUGAUGCCAGGGGUAUCUGGCACAAUGAUAACAAGACUUUCCUUGUUUGGAUCAAUGAGGAGGAUCACCUUAGAGUUAUUUCCAUGCAGAAAGGUGGCAACAUGAAGGAAGUAUUCAGCCGCUUCUGUACUGGACUAACAAAGAUAGAAAGUCUCUUCAAGGCCAAAAACUACGAGUUCAUGUGGAAUCCACACUUGGGCUACAUCCUAACCUGCCCAUCCAACCUUGGAACAGGGCUCCGUGCUGGUGUGCACAUCAAGCUCCCACACCUUGGGAAACAUGAGAAAUUUGGAGAAGUCCUCAAGAAACUUAGGCUGCAGAAACGAGGCACAGGUGGUGUGGACACAGCUGCUGUUGGAGGAGUGUUUGAUGUCUCCAAUGCUGAUCGUCUUGGCUUCUCUGAGGUGGAGCUGGUGCAGAUGGUGGUGGAUGGAGUGAAGCUCCUCAUUGAAAUGGAGAAACGCCUUGAAAAAGGCCAGUCCAUUGAUGACCUCAUGCCAGCUCAGAAAUAAAGCACUUUAUUCUCAUGCUUCCUAACUUAUUGGAUGAAUAAUAAAAUGUCACUCCAAUUCAAACCCUUGGGGUCAGAGCCCACUUAGUUACACUGUAGAGAAGUCUUCCAUCCAUCUGUGUUAGAGUUUAUUUUUUUGAUGGUUGAGAUGUUGCUGAAAAUCAAAUGAAAUAAACUAUUGUUUGGCCUGA